AUUUUAUUUUAAUUCGUUUUAGUAUAAUCUAAUUUAAAUUCAAGUACAAUUUAAUAGGUAGUAUAUAUUUGUGAUAUUGCCAGUGCUUGGAUGAGGUUUUAUGUGUACGUGUAGUGAGUAAAAUUCGAUAAGUUAUAAAAACAUAAGGCGGCACGAGACGAGAUACAAAGCGGACAGAUGAGAAUAUUCAUAACGCAAAGAUGUUGCUCUUCGACAGAUCUAGGGUAGAUUACUGUUAAAGAUCUUAUCACAAGUGCAAGGAACCGCUGGAAAGAGAACUGAUAAGAUAAUGCACAAGAAUGGACUAAAUAAGAUAAUAUUUAACAAAUUCCGACUUAUAAGACAAUUGUCACUGAAGCAGAAAACUAAAAAAAGUUAAGCGCCAAUGCAAAAAUAAAGCAAGGUUGCAAACUAAAAAGCAAAGAUGGUUCAACGAGUAUCAGACCCAGAAAAACCAGUCCCCGAAGACACGUUCUCACAACUUUUAGGACAUUUCGGUAAAUGGCAAUUAAUAAUCUUCCUAUCAGUAUUCCUCAUCAAAUUUGCAUCAGGAUGGGUGCAAAUGACCAUACUUUUCCUUACACCCAAAUUGACAUAUUGGUGUGAAGAGUUCCCGGAUAAUUUCACUGGGAUUAUAGCUAAUGGGAGUUGUUAUAAAGAGUGUGUAAAGUAUGGGUAUGAUACGAGUCCCAUGGAGAGUACUAUAGUUUCUGAGUGGGACCUUGUGUGUGAUCGGGCGUGGAUGGCGAGUUUUACGCAGAUGAUGCUGCAGUUUGGGAUCUUGACUGGAAGCAUCGUUUAUGGAUUCCUUUCUGACAGAUACGGACGGCGCCUCACCUUCCUCGCCUCAAUCUGCGGCCUCGUCCUCUUCUCGUUCUGCAUCCCCUUCUCCACGAACUACAUCGUCUUCACCGUCUUCCGUUUCUUCCUCGGAUUCUCCACCGCCGGGACCAUGGUUAUCUCCUUCGUCAUCGUCAUGGAGGCCGUAGGCCCCAAAUACAGAGAGGCCUUUGGCUGUGUAUUUCACAUACCUUUCAUCUUCGGGCAUUUGACUAUUCCUGUCUUCGCGUAUUUCUUCAGGACUUGGGAGUCGUAUACGUUGGCUCUGGCGGUUCCUCAAGUGGUGUACUUGAGUUACUUUCUAGUCGUGACGGAAUCUCCGAGAUGGUUAGUCAGUGUGGGAAGAGUGGAUGAGGCCACGGACAUUGUGAAGAAAGCUGCUAUCAUGAACAAAAUGCCAACAGAUAAAAUAGAAGAGACCCUCAAGAAGGUCUCCCACGAGCUGGUAACCCGCGAGGCGCCAAAAGUCCACUAUGGCGACCUGUUCCGUCCCAAUUUGUGGGUCCGGACCGUGUGCUCCUGUGCCUUGUGGGUCAUUACUGGGGUCACGUUUUAUGGAGUCAACCAGUACAUCAGUCAGACAAGCUCCAGUCUAUACAUUAGUAUUGCCGCUGCUGCUGUAAUUCAGUUACCCGCGAACCUUCUCUCGAUCUGGUGCGUCCGCACCUUCGGCAGGAAAGCCACCACCAUUGCGGCCUUCACCCUCGGCGGCAUCUGUCUCCUAACCCUUGGCGUCGUCGGCGAUGACUUCUGGCUCAAAUUCACACUUGGAACUUUGGGCGUCAGCUUCAUGGCUAUUGAUGCUGCCACAAUUUACAUCUACUCGUCAGAAUUAUUCCCUACUGUGGUCAGGAAUAUGGGUAUGGGGCUGUGCUCUGUAGGUAUGAGAUUUGGGUCUAUGUUAGCUCCGUUUAUUUCGAAUUUAGCGGUGAGCAUACCGUGGUUGCCGACGGUUAUCUUUGGGUUCGCCCCGCUGCUUGGAGCGGCAAUUUGCCUGUUGCUGCCAGAAACGAAAGGGAAGAAGUUGCCGGACUCUUUUGAAGAUGUUGAAGGUUAGGGUUUCAGUAGUCAUAGUACGAAAUAAACUCGCAUAGCGAUGUGAUUUAAAAUCAAGCACGAGGUACCUGCAUUUUCCAGCAGCUUACGGAAGCGAAAGUACUUAUGUAAAUAUUUAUAUGACAUGGACAGAUCAUUGAUUUUGAUCAUUUCAGAAAUGCCAUUUUAAAAUUGGUUACUUCGUGAUGUGGUUAGGUUAGGUUGGACUUUAUCAUGAUGUAACCAAGCGACCAUUUCCAUUGAAUUAUAGCCACGUCAUGAAAUGAUCAAUUCUAAGAUCUGGCCACGACGUAUACAACGAACUUGAGUGUGUACUUAAUUGUACUUUUUUAAAGGUUGCAAGAGUUGAGAUUAUGUUAUUGUAACUUUGUAUACAUUUAUUAAUAGUUUGUUCAGAUAAGAAUGAAAAUCGCCUUGAAUUAUUGUUAUAGUUAUUAAGAAUACAUGUUAUUGUAACUAUAGAAUACUUUAUUAAUACUUACCUUGUCUAAUGGUUUUGUACAUAUUCAUAUUUUAUGAUAACGCAGAACAAAAGUGAUUAUUCCGCUUGUUGUCAAACAGACCCCACUAAUAUAAAUGUAGGUACAGUAAACUGCAGAGAUAACUGACCCUCCAGCAAAGAAACUUGUUGAUUAUAAAUCAACGUUAUUAACAACCGGACAAGUCCCUUUUUGCUCUGUAGGCACACUUAUUUCCAAAUAAAUUAUAAUUUUACCUAAAUAUCACAAUACCAUCUUAAGAUCUCAUAUAACAGUUUAUGUAAGUUUUAAUUAAGCGUUUGCUAUUGGGUGGGCUUGGUUGUAUGUAUGUAUGUUCGUAUGUUUGUCAGUUCGCGCCUCGCUCGCCCAACGAGAAGGGUGCCUUGGCAGCUGUCCGCAGGUAGAAAUUGCCAGUUAACCUGAAAUAAAGGAGAAGCUUAAAGCCUUGCACAUUGCGCUCAAGUUGGGCUGUUCACUUUGUAUAAUUUGUGCGAAAAAGAAGCAACGUGACACAUAGAGCGUUUUCACAUUGUCCGAACGGAUGUCGGAGACGACCACAAGGGAUCAUCCGAUAUCGGAUCGAAGUACAUAUGUGUAAACGCUUAUGCUAAUCGUGCUAGCCUCUACUUAAACUUUUACCUUUUAUUUAUAAGUUGUACGACCUAUCAUAUGCUUUGAAAGUAACCUAAUAGGUUUUGCCAUUCAUUUAAUUUACUGUUUUCUCCUGUCGCAAUUUUUAACUGGUCAACAAACAAAAUUGACGUGUUUGGAACGUAGCUAUAAGGCGUACAACUUUCAAACCGGAGGUCGCGGAUUCGAUCCCGGCUCCUGGCUCGUACCAAUGAGUUUGUUGGAACUUAAUAGGUAUACGUCAUUUUAUGUGUACCAGUGGAUGUUCGGCAAAGGAAAACGUUAUGAGGAAGACGAAUAAUCAAAAGGUACUCUACCUACCUUACCUAUAUACCUAUACUACCCUACCUAUACAUAUAUAUCUACCUAUUACCUACCCUCUGGGUUGGGAUUUUUUGUCAAAACUAGUUGAUGCCAAUUACAGAUGUGCAAGUUUAAAAAAAGUUGGAAAAUGUAUCUGAAAUUUUAGGACAAAAUCUUAAAAAAUUAAGGAAACGGAAAAUUGCAAUCCCAAUCCAAACAUAUGAGAAGUUUCCGAAAUUUUUCAAUGUGGGCAUUUCCCAAUUUCACAUCAGUUAUGCCACUUAUGCCUAUAACAGCACAUAAGUUAUGCCACUUAUGCCUAUGCCCAAGUUAUGCCGAACGGCCCCAGGUUGCCUAAAAGAUGACUCACGCUAGACCGGGCCGAUGCGUCCGACACGUCAUUUUCUAUGACCGCUGAUCGGUGAUCACGUGGUGCUUUCCAUGGAAAACGAAGCGCUGGAAGCUCCGGCCCGGUCUAUCGUGAGUCAUCCUUAACACGUUCACUGUCCGUGCCCCGUAUAUGGGUCGCGGUAAGCCUCUAUUACAAAGUCGUAAGGUUAACAAUUCAGAUUGGAACAUGGAACAUGUUAAGUUGCAAAAUGCAGGGACAACGCUAGUAGGGAGUGCUGCCGGUACUUUUCUACACAAAUACUGUACCGGAAUCGGGAAUUCCCGGUUCUCGCCAUACAAACCCGGUACCGGGAGGAUUCCCUAAACGGUAGGAAAAUGAUGACUUAUUCUUAUUAGGGUUUCCUUCUUGCACUGUCCUUGGAAGAAAGUAGUUAUCUUCGCACUUUCGGGCCAUGAACUCGCCCCCCUCAAACGACAUCCCACACCUCCUAAGAUGUUAGAGAGAGAGAGACAGAGACUUACUCAGGGCUGGCCUUAAGUCCCAUGUAGACUAGGGGUUCCUCCUUGCACUGUCCUCGUAGGAAAGUAUCAUAGUCCUCGCAUUUUCGGGCCAUGAACUCGCCCCCUCAAACGACAUCCCACACCUCUUAAGAUGUUAGAGAGAGAGAGAGACAGAGACUUACUCAGGGCUGGUCUUAAGUCCCAUGUAGACCAGGGGUUCCUCCUUGCACUGUCCUCGCAGGAAAGUAUCAUAGUCCUCGCAUUUUCGGGCCAUGAACUCGCCCCCCUGAAACGACAUCUCAGACCUCUUAAGAUGUUAGAGAGAGAAUAGAGACUUACUCAGGGCUGGCCUUAAGUCCCAUGUAGACCAGGGGUUCCUGCUUGCACUGUCCUCGUAAGAAAAUAUCAUAGUCCUCGCAUUUUCGGGCCAUGAACUCGCCUCCCUCUACCGACUCGGCCCAGUACUCCCAUGAGCGCCAGUGGCUACAGAAAUCUGGGAAAGGUAGUUAAUAUUUAAUAAAUUAUAGGUAUAUUUAGUGGCAGAACAGGACAGAAAAGUUAUUGAGUGGCCAGUUAUCAAAUUGGCGUUAUUUUGCACUCUUAAAACCGUUCUUGAAUACUGAGGGAUCUUUAUAAGUUGUUGUCGUAAGCUCAAUGGCUGGUUUUCACCGCGCAGUUCGUAAACUCAGGACUAAUCCUUAGGGCUCCUCUACACGAUGGCCCAGCGUAGGCCAGUCUAAGGGACGCAGUUAUGGGGUGAAAUGAGAUAGAAAUAUCACUUACUCCCUCUAACGCAUAAAUGCGUCCCUUGGACUGGCCUACGCUGGGCCAUCGUGUAGAGGAGCCAUUACUAUAUCAUUCGAAAAACGUCAUCUGCUUACUAGCAAUAUUCUUAGUCGGGCAGCAUGGUGAUGGGGAAAAAGAAUGACGACCAUUUUCAUAAUUUGCUCGGUCGACUAAAUGUCGAACAUAUCAUGAGACCCACCUUCAACAGUAAGCGGCACUGUAGCCGACAAACACCCCGGCUGCUUGGCCUUGCCCUCGUUCGGCCAGAAGUCCGCCGCGCCCGUGGCCGCCGGGGAGCCGAGCCCGCCGCCGUCCGUGUGCAGCACGUCCACGAACACGGCGUCGGAGCGGGACAUGGCCGGCCCGAGCAGCGGCGGGUAGAAGCCGGGGUAGGCCGGGUCGAGGCCGGUCAACCUAUAUUAAAAACGUUCAAUUGUGUUUAAAAAUGUUACACUGACGUUAGUCAGAACAUAGAGAGUAAAGUAAGAUGCCUAAACAAAUCGAAACAAAGGAUCGAUGGUGCUAGUUAUUACGGAACCCUUAUGCGGUAAAUAGGGUAACAGCACCAGUGGCCAGCCAGGGACCAGUAGUCAGCCUUUUAAGUCGUUUAUUGGUCAUAAAUAUCUGGUAUAUUCGAUUAAACAAAUCGCGUGUAGUCAAAUAGGAGCUCUGAUUCCUUAUUCGUUAAUACGUAACGCGGCAGGUGCGGUGAGGUAUCGGGGAGAGGAUAUAUACUCGUUCAUAAAGGUGAUGUUUGUUGACGAUAGCUUGAGUGUCAUGUCCGCCAUAUUUUUUACUGCUCGUGGUGUUCUUUUAACGCGUGAGAAAAAAUAUGUUUUAAUAUAAAAAGUUACUGUUUUUUGUUAAUGAUGGGUUUAUUGGUUAGUUUAUCUAUUAAAUUGCGUUAUAUUUAAAUAGAAAUAUCAAUAUUUAACUUAUAAAUUGAGGAGGUUGACCACUGGAUACCACUUUUUUUACAAAAAAUCCAGUGCCCAGCUUCCCGCGGCUGACUUUCGGGUUAUUAGUUAUUUUCUUUAUUUUCGAUCCAAUGCGACCGUUAGGACCGUUACAUUUACAUUUUCAAAUUUAGUUAGGCAUGUCUCAGUCAAUUUAAAGUAAAACCCAGUAGUCAGCCGCAUUUGAAAUAACGUUUUAAUGCGGCUGACCACUGGGGUUCACGGAUCCAGUACUCAGCCAUUAUCUUCCUUGGUACGUCGCUGCCAAAUAUUAUGAACUUUAACUCAUUUAAAUAAGGUUCAAAAGUGUAUACAUACUUUUGUUGAGAAAUAUUCCAAUAUCUAACGGACCCCUGCACGGGUUUCACCAGCAUUUAAACCGAUUUAAAAAAUAAUGAAUUAUAUUCAAUAAACAGAUUCAUUAAUAAAAAAAAAGAAGAUAAAUACAGUGUUUAUUAGUUUGCAAGAAUAAUUUUAAGUACCUAUGGCCUACAAAUUUCGUGGCAUGAGAAUUGUACUUAUAAGAGUAUAGGUACCUAGACCUACCUAUACUCUAGCUUCCUACCUAGGAAUGAUAAAUAUUAUAAUAUCGUUAACUUUAAUACAAAUAAUAGUGUUGUUUAUUUCAUUGUUAUUAAUAGUUUAUAAAGGCUGAGUACUGGGUACACAAAGGCUGCUUACUGGAUUUUAGAGGCUGACUACUGGAGAAAAGUGCAAUUUUUUGUUUAAUCUUAAUUAUAGAUAUUAUAAAGAGGAUUGUUAUUUUUUGACAUACUUUAUUUCAAAACUAUAAUAAACACUUGAUCUAACCAUGUCAUGCGUUUAUUUAUCCGACUAAUCCUGUAGAAACGUCGAGAGUACAAACUUUAAAAAUGCGUUAUAAGGCUGACUACUGGUACCUUUACCCUAGUUUGUCAAUCACUAACAAAUGACACGGGAUCACGGAAUUUACCACAAAAUUUGGCUCCGUGUUAAGCGCCAUUUAUUGAAGUUGUAUAAUUUCACUAUAUUAUUUACUUACACCUUCGUCUAUGAGACUGCCCUUCUGACUUUGGUUCCUCUUCCUGCCAAGAACCGCACGAUGAUCCCCAAUCACUGUCACUAAUCGCUUCGAUAGAGUGCCCCACAAAGUGUAGCCUAAAUGCGUGGGUAUUUUGUUUGAGAAUUGUUCUCCUUUUGACGUGACAACGUCUUAUAAUUCGAUGGAGCCGCACGCACGAAAAAAUAUGACUCAUACGGUGUUACCUCGCUCUGAGGCGUUCCAUUUAAGGCUUGAAGUGCAAGCGAGAGCGCGCAACGAGCGACAAAGAGGCACAAUCGGCCUCCGCGUUCGGCAGCAAUUGUAUUUAUGCGUACAAAUAAAUGUAACUUGAUCAAUUCAA